AUGGGGUGCUUUAAUAGUACUGCGCAGCUUCCAGCUCUUGCAUUCCUAGGACUAUGCGAUUCUGGUAAAUCCACGAUUAUUGCAUACAUUGAGCAUCAAGUUUUCCGAUUAACCCAUCCUACAUUAGGUGUCGAAAUUUCGACAGCCAUUUUUCAAGAUCAAAGAGUAGAAAUAUGGGAUGUUUCGGGCAGAGAUUGCUCAUAUUGGUCUAAAUAUUAUAACUCGGCAAGCGGAAUCGUUUUUGUUGUCGAUUCAUCAAAUGAGAAGGAUUUUAAUUCUUUUAUUGAUCAUGCAAAACAGACGUUAUCUAAUCCAAUCGUACAAAAAUUACCAGUUCUCAUUUACGUUAACAGAUCUCAGCCAGAUACAUUAGAGAAAUUUAAAGAAGAAUUGACAGAGAAAUUGGAAUUAAAGCAAAGUGGUAUAACAUAUCAACUCAUGCCAUGUGAUCCGAAAACAGGAAAAGGUGUUAAUGAAGGUUUUGAUUGGAUUAUGAAAAAGGCACUUCUUAAUUAA